AUGUACCAUCUUAUAGAUGAGAUGGUGAACAAGUAUAUAAGGAAAAGCAAUAGAGGUUCUUGGACCGGAGAAACGAUGCAGAUGGCGAUGAAUGAAGCUAAAACUACAUCAAUAAUCUCGGCGUCAAAAAAAUAUGGAAUUCCAAUUGGAACUUUACAUCGUCAUAUUAAAAAAGGGGACUCGCCCAAAAACCUAGGAAGGUUUAAACCUGUUUUGUCAAAAGAACUGGAGAGGGAAAUAUGUGAUCUUGCAAUGGAACGUGAUAUACUUUUUUAUGGUUUAACAAAGCGAAGUCUACAACAACUAGCUUAUGAGGUAGCGAAAGUAAAUAAUAUUUCGCAUCCUUUUGCAUGUGAAAAAGCUGGAAAGGCAUCGCUUAAUGGUUUCAUGAAAAGACAUCCCCAACUGGCGUACAGGACACCAGAACCCACAGCUUUAGCUCGUUGUUCUGCUUUUAAUCGCACGCAAGUGAAUCGGUUCUAUGAUAACCUGUGGAGCAUUAUAUCUCACCAUAACUUUUUGACAAGACCCGAUGACAUCUAUAAUAUGGAUGAGACUGGUGUCAAGACCAGUGCUUCCAAACCUCCAAGAUGUAUUUCUGUAAAAGGUAAAAAACAAGUAGGAGUUGUAGCAACAGCAGAAAAAGGGCAACUUACCACAGUAAUCUGUGCUUGCAGCGCAACUGGUCGAUUCAUCCCUCCUUGCUUUAUAUUUGGACAAAGAAAAAGAAUGAAUGAACGCCUUCUAGAUGGAGCUCCUAAUGGUUCUCUAGCUUGGACCAAAACAAGACAGACCAGUUUUAUUGAUUCUAGACAACCAUUAUACUCAUCAAAACUUGGAAGCUUUGAAAUUGAAAAUCCAUGGGAUGUCAUCAAUGAUCCUGUUGAGAAAAACAAUACUGAUGAACCACCCGCUGGCAACGAUAGUGAAGACAAACAGAAAGAAGAAAAGGAACUUAAUUCUGAUGAUAAAAAAAAUGAAAUGACUGAAGAUAGUACGCUUGAAACUCGUUCCAUUGUUUUUGAUAAGAGCUGGGACCAACCAUCCAAAUCGCACCAUAUUUCUCCAAUCAAAAUUCUUCCAUCACCAAAAGUUACUCCUACUAUAAAGAAGCGGAAAGCGAGAUGUCAAAGGUCAGAAGUCUUAACCAGUUCUCCAUUCAAAAAUGCUAUUGAAAUGAAAAUUGAGAUGAAAGCGAAACCAAAGUUAUUAUUUAAUCGGACCAUUAAAGGCAAGGAAAAUCAAAACAAGGAAGUACGAACUUGCGAGAAUAAAGGAAAAGGGAAAGGAAAAGGAGUAAAAACAGAAAAAGACAAACAUAUUGUACCAAAUAUAGAGCAGUCUUCACAAAAUGAUGUGUUCUGUAUAUUAUGUGGGGAGCCUUAUGUGGAACCGCCCACAGAGGACUGGGUACAAUGUCCUGUAUGUAGUGGUUGGGCACAUGAUUUGUGUACCGACACAGAGGAUGGUAGUUUUAUGUGUAUAAUCUGUAAAAUGUAG